GAUCCAAAAUAAAUUCUCGGUCAUAAAAUUUCUUAUGAUUACAAAAAGGUAAUUUUUGGAACCAAAACCCCAGACUCAAAAUUUGUCAAGGACCUUCGGACAUGUCGUCGCAGGAGUUAUCCUUCUGGAACGGUCAGCCGGUGACCUCGCCCGUCUAUCCCCAGAUGGGCGAUGCCACGAAUCCCAAUGCGACCGGCUAUGUCGGCCAUGGUGGUCAGUGGUCCAGGGCGGCGUUGUUCUCCUCCAGUCCGGGGAUGCAUCCGGUGGCGCCACAGGGAAUGGGCGACUUCCGGCCGAUGACCGCAAACCCCUAUGGCCAGCCGCAGGAACGGGGACCUGGAUUUGGACACGGCCAGGGAUCCUACGAACCCUGCAUCGAGAACGGCGAGGCCUUCUGCGCCUACAACAACAUGGAAAUGGGCGUGCAGGGGGGCGGGGCCAAGGGGGACUUCUGGUAGACAAUGGGCAUGCCCACCCUCAUCAUUACCGCCCCACGAUUUGUCCGUGAAAUAAACAUCAUGCUGUCUUCCCAGUUUUUAA